UGGCGCUCUAGCAGUUAUAGCACCGGCUGGACGCGGAGUGCUUUAUGCGCUGCAUGCGAUUCCCGGGAGGGAACCGGUUCAGCUGCCGACAUGGAUGCGAAGGGUACAGUGCAGAGGGUCCAGCAGCUCAAAGAGCGACUCGGCCGCGCACAAGAUACACGGAAGAUUUACAAAGCUCUCAGCAGCUUGAAAGAACUUGACAUCACCCUGGAUAUUCUUGUGGAAACUGGAAUUGGAAAAACUGUGAAUGGAUUACGAAAACACUCCGAAGUGGGAGAUGUUGCUAAAUCAAUUGUCAUUCAGUGGAAAAAACUAGUACCUGAGGGGAAAGAACAUUCCAGCAACCAUAAACCAAAAAUCAAGACUGGUGGGGAUCUUAUCAGUGAGAAGCUGUCACAUCCAGUUUCAAGAGAGAAGACACAGUUUAAGGAAAAGACUUGUGAGACUGUUACGUCAAGAUGUCUUGAGUCUGAUAAAACUGCUGCUAGUUGUAUUAACAAGAAGCUGUCUAAGGAACCAAAGUCUCAGAAAAUCCUAAACAGUAACAAAGAACGCAGCCCUGAUACUGGUAAUUCACACUCCAAACCUUUCCUGUCCGCUGACAAAAAGAGCUCUGCGAAAGAUGAAAUGGCAAAAACAAACUGUGUACAGGCUUCUAAAAGACAUUUACAUAAAGACAAUAAAAUGGAAGGACUUGAAAAGAAAUCAAAUCAUACAUUUUCUGAUGAUGAAUAUGAUAUCCCCUCUAUGUCCUUCGAAUCAUAUCUCAAUUAUGAUCAAACAGCAAUCAAAAGGAAAAAAAGAUCAUGCCCAUCAAAUGAGCCACCAAGAAAGAUUCAAGUGUGCAAACAGUACAGCACUACACAGCUGGGCAAGACUGAAACUGCACCAUCAGUGAACAGUAGUGAUCAACAGAAAAUGAAAGUGGAAAGUCAUACAAGUGAGGGCAAGACGGGGACUUUAUCUGAUUUGCUUAAGGUUCCACUGCCUAAAUUUUUACCAGACUAUUCCUUAAUGCUGUCACCACCACAAACCACAGACCAUAAAGCAAACCUUCCAGAAGCUGAACAGAGCUGUGAAUCAUAUGGCUUUACUGGGCGCAGGUUAAAUUCCAAAAUGCAGGUCUAUUCUGGUUCCAAAAUCAUUUAUCUUCCAAAAAUGUUAACUCUAUAUGAACAAUGCAUACGAGUUCUUCAAAACAAUAUUGACUCUAUUCAAGAAGUUGGGGGUGUACCAUUUGACAUUCUUAAACCUGUCCUUGAGCGCUGUACACCAGAGCAGUUAAGCCGAAUUGAAGAAUAUAACCCGGUCUUUAUAGAGGCCUCUGGACUUAUGUGGGAAAAACAUUGUGCAAGAGAUUUUAAGAGCCACAAACUUAUGGAAUAUGAGACCUGGCGUGAAAUGUACUUAAGGCUUUUUGGCGAGAGAGAAGAAAAAUUAAAAAUGAUUACACAAAAUAUCAGCUCUGCUCAUUCUGGGAAACCAAAAGGCCGUCAGGUAAAACUAGCUUAUAUAAAUGGUGCAGCCAAACCUCCACACAAUAUUCGCAGACGACAGGAGAUCCUUGGGACAGCUGGACCAAUUGUACAGCCUCAUCCAAUAGACAAGCUCAAGCAGCAAAGGAAUGAAAAUAAAGACAGAUGUAUUGCUACUCCAAAGCAAAAUGCACCAGCUAGCAUGGUUGUUAAUAGUAAUGUCCAUUCUGGAGGAGGACCAAGCCAAGAUCCAAAGAAGACUGUUAAGAAAAUUGCUCCAAUGAUGGCAAAGUCAAUGCGAGCCUUCAAAAACCGAGUUGGGCCAAGAUAAAUAUUCUCACAAUUUUGUGUUUUCGAAAUAGUCCAAUGUAUAAUAAUUAUGUAAUUAUGUAAACAUUCUUUAAUUUGACAAAAACUAUGUAUGUAAACAUAUUCCUAAUGUAAUAAAGAGUAAAGUGAGAA